AUUUAUAUAUUACUACAAUUCUAAAGCUUACAACUUUCUAAAACCAAGAGUACUGAGUAUUUAGUUAUAUUUGUCUUCAUUAUCAGACUGAUCAUCUUUGUCAGAAUGGGAGUUUGCGGAGAUUGUAGUAUUGUAACAAUUGAAUUGAUGAGUCGAUCUAAGCUAGACCACCACUGAAAACCUGGAAACACUGGACGGCCGUUUUAUCCCAGUGUGGGACUCCUCAGAAGUGCGCAUCGACGAUCCCGCACAUGGGACUCAUCUUUAGUUCAAAUCAACCAAUAACUGAAUUUUAAACAUCAUAAUAACUCAAGUGUUAUGAAAACAAAAUUUGUAGACAUUCAUACUUUUAUUUCAGGCAUAUAUGAAUACGAAAAUGAUAGUUUACAGGCACAUACAUGUGUGUUAUAUAAUUGGGUGCCUUUUGUAUGUAUGUAUGUACGUAUAUGUAUAUAUGUUGCAUGUAUGUAUGAAAAUGCUUAUGUUUGAAUGUAAAAGUAAUAGCAAUAACUAUAAUUAUAACUGAAUUUUAAUAACUUCCUACUGUAUACACAGGUAAAAUAGCACAAGAUGAUUCACAAACGAUUCAAAUCGAUGGAAGCGAGGCAUAAUGUCAUAAAUUGGCAUAGUAAAUACAUGUUACGAGUAUCAAUGAUAUAAUUGAUUCAUUCGGAAAUGUACUUAACAGUAAUAUCAGUGUAAUUACUUCUAUUGUUAGUAAUUAAUUGUUUUGUGGACUUACUGAGGAUUAUUGUGGUUAUUACAUGUUUACUGAAGAAAAUGAUCAAAAAUAACAAUUGAAUUUUUGUUAAGAAAAAGUACUUAGUUCGUAUUAAAACUGAUUGAAUACUGUUUUAUGGGAUCAUUUGUUUACUGAAUGUGUCAAACAUACUGAUCAUCUUUGUCAGAAUGGGAGUUUGCGGAGAUUGUAGUAUUGUAACAAUUGAAUUGAUGAGUCGAUCUAAGCUAGACCACCACUGAAAACCUGGAAACACUGGACGGCCGUUUUAUCCCAGUGUGGGACUCCUCAGAAGUGCGCAUCGACGAUCCCGCACAUGGGACUCAUCUUUAGUUCAAAUCAACCAAUAACUGAAUUUUAAACAUCAUAAUAACUCAAGUGUUAUGAAAACAAAAUUUAGUGAAAAAGAUAAUUAACUUACAAAAGUGAAAAAAGCACCACUAAGAUAAAAUGCUUGAAGAACUAAAUAUUGGUGAUUUAAAUGAUGUGCACAAUGAUAAUAAAACAGGAAAAUGGACUUCAUCUAAUGAUCGGAGUAGAUUAUCACGUUAUCGUGAAAGUUAUUGUUCUGAUGUGGAUUUAUUGCCCUCACUGUGCACAAAAGUAACAGUUGAUAUUCAUCAAGAUAAUAUUAAUAAUAGUGAUUUUAUUCACUUAGCUCGGAAAAAUUAUGAACCAUUAAGAAAUAGUGAUGGAGCUAACGUUAAGGUAGUUAACAAUAAUAGCGGCAGUGACGAUAAGAGUGAUGAUGAUUAUAAUGAUGAAGAGAAUCUUAUGAGCUGGUUACUGAAACAGUUUAGGGAGAAUGGUUUAGAUUACAAUGACAAUAACUUAAAAAAUGAUGACUUAGAGAAAAUCGAUGCAUUUAAUUAUGUGAAGCGAUUAAAUCACAAAACAUCAACUAUCCCACAUAAUCUACCAAUAGAUGAUUCUAAUUCAUCUAUUUCAAGUUACCAAGCUACAAUUGAUUCAAAGAAAUCAAAAACACAAAAUGAGCACUUAUUGAGUAAUAAUAAUAAUAAUUUUAGUAAAGAACAAUUUGGUCAUAAACAAUAUCAUCAUUUUCCUCGCAUGUAUCCACCUGUCAGAGAUUCAUCAGUCGAGUCUAGAAAGUUGUGCCAAAGGAAUAAAUCAAACAAUUCAAUAAUAACAACAGCAACAACAACAGCAACCACAACAACUAACCCACCUAUAGAAUCAGUGAAUUCAACUAUGCUAAAAGCAAUAAACAAUACAAAACAUCAAUGUCAACUUAUCAAUGGUUUAUUUCAUCAAAUAACUAAAAAGUUGACUUGUUUACAUGAAUUCGACAAGCAAGUUAUUAAUGAACUUCAAAAUGCUAGCCAAAUCAUAAGUGAUUUACAAAAGACAAUAAAAUUUUCUGAAUCUUCAUUAUUGAACUCAUUACAUUAUCAAUUAAAUGAACAUUUUUGUCAACCUAAAAUAUUUAAAACAGAAUUUUAUAAAACUACAAAUAAUUUUAAAAAGAAAACUGGAAUAAAAGAUUUUUCUAAAAAGAAAAUUUAUAAUUUAGAUGAAAAUUUGAAAAGAUCAAUUAUAGAUGAACAACAAUCAUAUCCAGUAUAUAGUUCAGAAUUAGAUUGUCGAUCACCUAUGGAAAAGAAUCCAAUUAAACAAGAUGACUGGAAAAGUCCUAUUACAGAGAAAAAUGAACGUCAUUCAACACAAAGAAAAUUCACAGAAUCACCAUGGGGACCAGUAUCAGUUCAACAAGCAAAAAAAUUAACAAAAGAUUUUGAUCAAUGCCCGAAAGUCAUUGGUCAAAAUAAUAACAAUCGUAAGAAUAAUCACCUUAUAACAAAUGAUAAUUAUUCGAAAUGGUUAAAAUCUUCGAAAUCUUCAAUGAGUAAUAAUAAUUUAGAUAAAUUGAAUGAAUCUAUUUAUCAAACUAAUGAUGUAACUGAUAAAAAGUGUAAUUUGUCAAAUGAACGAUAUUUUAGCCAAUUAACUUUACCAAUCUAUUCAACUUUUUCCAAUACUAAAUCAAAUACAGUCUAUUUGAAUACAUCUAAAGAAUUUAAUGUUGCAGAGAGUAAUUCAAACAAAUUCACUACAACCAAAGGUAUUCAAUCUUUGUUUAGAUUACCAUUUAAAAGAAAAGCAAGUACACCUGGACCGAAUAUUCAAUUUGUAGAACACCCAUUGAAAUCUCAUGGACGUUCGGCUAGUUUAGCUCAAUUGAAUACAUCAAGUGAAAAUCCAUCCGUUAUGUCUGUAUCAAAUGAUCAAUUGAAUAAAAGUACUAAUAAAUUAAACGUACCAUAUAUUAAACCUUUACUACUUAAAGAAUUGUCGAAAAUUUGAAAUUGAGAAACCAUUAAAAAUGACCAUAUUUUUAUUUAAAAAAAGAUUUUAAAAAUCUUAAAAAUCCUUAAAUAAAAUCAAUUGUGACUUUCUGCUUUAU